AUGUCUCUCAAGGUCACCAUUGUCAUCCUGGCUUUCGUUGGCGCCAUUGCUGCCCAGCAGGGUCAUCACGAGGAGGAACACCACGCACCUGCUCACUACGAGUACGCGUACGACGUUCAUGAUGACCACACCGGAGACGUGCACGGCCAGAAGGAGUCCCGAAAGGAUCACACCACCCAGGGCGAAUACUACCUGAUCGAUGCCGAUGGCCACAAGCGCACCGUGACGUACCACGUCGAUGGCAAGAGCGGAUUCAUCGCCCAGGUCCACCGGGAACCGAUCAAGGGAUACCAGGCACCGCAGCCACAGGUGCACAAGGUGCUGGCCGUCCCGGUGCAGAAGGCGUACUAUAAGCAUUAGUGGUGU